UGCGUAAAAAUUCAAGCGAUAGCAAACUCAUAAAGAAAAUGAUUUUAGUACGCGGUUUUUGUUGCAUUAAAACCGACUGCGUUUACACUGGUUUUCGUUGCAAGAUUACGCUAAGGAAAUGUGACGUCAUCUCCAGCAGCCCAAUGACAGCACGGAAAUUCAAAACUAUUAGCGGUAGGAAACGGAGGAAAUAUCUUAACAUUUACUGUAGAUGCAUGCCUUUAGUACAAAAUAUUUGCAAAGUACAAUAUAUAUGCAAAGGAACAGAGCUGUUUACAGGAUUUAUGUUUAAUUGAAAAUUCGUAAAAAUUAAUCCUGCACUGCAGUGAAGCGAAAACUAGUGUACUGCAUUAACUGCAAUGGCGCCUCUCAAAUUUGUCAUUAAGAAUACUAUAGCCUCUGAAGUCCAUAUCACAGCCAGAGAUUGUGCCUGCUUCUAUUUCCACCAAGGAACACAGUGUGGGAACUUUGCCGUGCUGGUGGAUCUCCACGUCCUGCCCCUGGGCAGCCAAGAGGACGCCAGCUGGUUUACUACAAGCGACAUCGAGGAAGUAACAGCUCUGAUUCGUGAUGCUGUGGACCAAAGAGUUAAGCAGUUCACUGAAUCCUUAGAAAAAGGAAGACAGCCAAAACACAAAAAGGAGCUAGCACCUGCUUCAGCUUUUGUUGUGAAAGGGAAACAUUUCAACCUAGUCGCCAAUUUUCUGAAGCGCCACUUCAACCUUCGAUGUAUUUUCAAGCAGCACCAGGGUGAAUUGCGUGUGUUUCCUGAGCGCUACGUUGUGUGUGUAAGCCGUCCAGAGGAUGCCGCAGUGCACUAUACAAAACCGAGCUCAACCACAACCGAGCUGAGCGAACAAAGCAGAUCGGAAUAUUUUUCCAGAGUGGGAGAAAUCCAAGAGUCUUUCAACUGCGCCACAAAAAUAAAGAAGACUGCGCUUCAAAAGAUAGCCCAAAAAUCUAAUGUCCAGCAAGAGCACCGGGAUCCCAAUGAGGGGGAGCAGCAAGUUGAGCAAAGAGCCUGCGUUGAAGACCAAAGCGGGACACGUGAUGCUCAGAACUCCUACGCAAGCUCAACAGUGAGUGUCUGCAGUACUGGAAGUAUGCCCCCUCAGAAACCUGAGCAACAACCACCCUGCUCCAAUGCUGUGACUCAGAACCAAAGCCUGACCUAUCAGAGGAAAAAUGAUAAUUGUUCCCCAGACAACACGAAGAAGCCAAACUUGGCCUCAGCAGUUUUGUACCCACUUGAAAUCAGUCCAGGAACCAGGCGGAGCAAGAGAGGUAAACCCAGGGAUUCCGAAGACCCUCGCCCACCGAAGACCAAGAGGACAGGCCUCAAAGGACCUCCAGCCACAAUGCCAACUCGCGCCAGUGAGCGCUUGACGCAAACAUCCGAACACGAGCCUCUUCUGCCGCCGCCGCCCCUUCCUCCAGACGAAACCAAGGCAGCAGCGUCCAAGGCUUUCCCAGUCGCAGAGUACAAGGAAACCACAGCGCAAGUAGAGCUGCUUACUCCAGGGAAACGGAACCAAAGGCUCCCCCUCGCAAGCAAUAACACAGCACAGACGAACCAAAACAGGCCGGCCGCAAGUCGGAGGGGCCUAUCUGUCAAGCUUGCAUCCUCAGGCGCCUCUAUUAGUUCCAGAUUCACAGGCGGGGAGGAGGGAAGUGAAAAUGUGCCCAGAACCUCGAGAUUACGACGAGUGAAGAGGUCCUGAGGGGGACAGUGAAGCUACAGUAAAAAUGCCUGACGCCAUCCAUAUAGAAACAAAAUUGUGUCAGGCUCCAUCACCCCCGCCCGCCCUUGCAAUUGUACACACACAUGGCCCUUUACUACAAUUACUAUUCUUUUCACACAAAACCACACAUGCAGCUCCAAUACAGCGCACAUAAUUGAUACAUGAGCGUUUUGAGUUAUGUUUUGUCAAAUACUUGAAACAGACUUCGCCUCCACCCAUAAGUAGUGGUGGUCAAGAGAGGCUUGCAAAUGAAAGUUAAAAACCCUUAAUUGGAGUUUAGACUCGGGUUUUGUGUUAAAGAUUGGGGAUUUCAGACAGGCAGGAGCCAUGCAGUAUGUCAUGGCUUUUAAGCUGAAAUACUGGCUCCCAUGUGUCUGUAAACUGUCCGCUUUCCCUGCUCAAGCUCUGCUGUGAUUGAUUGCUGUUUCCAGAUUUAUUUCAUCUGUUUGAUUUCUCUCUCCCUCGCUCUUUUUUUUUUUAUUGUUAGAACGUUUUCAUUCAUACAUCAUUUCCAUUCAUACUCAUGUCUGCACUUACGAUUCCCAACAUGAAAUGCCACCAAUGUGGCCAGACCUUUCACUUGUACUGCGGCAUAAGACUUUCGUUUCAGUCAACAGACACGUUUGAAAUGUGUGCUUUUAUUUGUUAGUACCAAGGCGUUUGACACUCUAGGAAGAAAUCAAGAUCCACAGUCUGUGCCAGCUGAGCAUCUGUCAAGAGCCACACGUUCCUUAAGAGUGCAGGGUAACGACUCCGAACUCAAUUGAAAACUUAUGAUGCUCUCUACUCGAUGACAUGUCACCCUAUAAUAUACUCUUUUAAUAAACCUUGGUUUUACUGGAUAGACAUUUUAUAGUCUGAAUAAAUCAUUUUUUUCCCCAGGGUAAAAAAAAAAAGACAGAUUGCCCGCUUGUCAUCGGAAAACAACCAUGAUGAUAUAUGAUAGAGAUCUGUUCAAUGUCUUACUCAUGCGUUCCAGGAGCCUGAUGCUCGUAGUACAUUGACAGUAAAUGUUUAUCCAACACUAACCAUCAGAUCAUUGGUGGCUUCCUCAGAAGGAACUGAUGUAAUUGGAGCUAAUAUAAAGUGGCCAAAUCUUAUAAAGACAGCGCAAAUAUGGUGUUUUUGAGUAACCCACUGAAGUGUUUAAGCUUUCAUGUGUUUUAAGUCGUUCUCGAGAGGUAAGAAGCUUAUGAACUUGUUAAAGCCCCUCAAACUAGCGAGUCUGCAGGGCGUAAUUAAACGAAGCCUACAAAGACUAGUGCUGACUCGUGAGUAAAUGAUUCGUUCAAAAGAACAAAUCUUUUCACUUCCUAAAGUGAUUCGUUCUUUUUUCAGUUCAUAUGACUUCAACCAGUAGGUGUUGGUAAUGCGCAUUGAAGCUGGUGCCACCUCGCCAUAAAACAAAACGAAGAAGCAAAUGACGUAACUUCCCUUUCACGAACGAGUCGUGAAUUGCAUUUCCCGUUCACCAACUGAACGGACCUGUGAGUGAACGAGUCAGUGAGUGAGUGGUUUGCAUUUCCAGUUCAUCGCAUCGUUAUGCAACAACAGGGAGAUUAUGAUUGAUUUUAUUUUGAUUUUAUAACACUUAUAGUAGUUUUUAAAUAACGUAUAUGCAUAUAUAGGCCUAAACAUUGUUAUCCAAUAUAUCUACUGCCAUUUCACAUUAGAUUGCUCGUUUGAAAUGUACUUGUAUUAUUAUUAUAUUCAAAUAAACAUUUAUGUUAAAA